AUGAUCAAAGCUUGUAGUUCAAUUUCUAAAGAUUCAAAUCAAUUUCAAAAUCAAUACGAAUUAAUAAAAGAAAAAUAUGUUAGAGAUAAAUAUUUGAUUGCUACUGCUUGUUUUCAACUUGCAACACAAAUAUGUGAUCGAUCAAUUGAUACAUCUCGUUUGAUCGAAUAUUUUAAUGAACUUGCACGUAUGGACUCAAAUCUAACAACAAUACGAUUAACUCGUGAACAAUUAAAUGAAACUGAAAUUGAUAUAUUAACAACAAUUGAUCAUAGAUUUCCUCAAUUUACUCCACAUAUGUUUAUUUGUUAUUUUCUUCGAUUUCUCAAUGAUGAAAUGAAAAUAGUUAAUGAUCGAUUAUAUGAUGGAUCAAUGCUUUUACUUGUUCAUAUUUAUUUAAAAUGGACAUCAUUAAUCGAACUUUUAGCAAAAAAUGAAAGUGGAUUAUCAACAGUCAAUAAAAUACAAAUGGAAAGUGUUACUCAACGAUUACGUGAUCCAUUAUUACUUGGUUCAGCAACAAUUCUUGCAGCAUCAAAAAUGUUUUGUCAUGGAACGAAUAAUUCACAUAUUCAUGAUAAGAUCAUCAAUUUAUUUGUGAAUCUUCUUGGCAUUGAUCCAAUGCGUAUUUAUAUGGCCCAAUUUUUUGCUGAAGAAGUUUUACAAAAAUCAGUUAAUGUUCGAUUAUUGUCUGGACAAAUAGAUGGUGGUUUAAAUUCAAGAAAUCUGAUUGAUCGUGAACAUGAUUUUGAUGAUGAAUCAAUGAUGAUGACAUAUUCAUCACCAUAA